AUGAACAUUGACGAGCUCUUCAAGGUGCCAAAGCUCCCUGCAGGGAGUAAGAAAAGGCGCAUGCCGGACAAUCCAAGUCCGGAGAUACUAAAGCGCAUGCGCAUGGACGUUGAAGACUCAUCGAUUCCAGAAGUCCCACCACAAAAUCGCACAGGCAAGGGCAAGGCGCGUGCCGUGACAGUGCAUGACGAGGAGGAAGAGGAAGAGGCGACGGAAGCAGACUUUGCCCCCGGAGGUGACGCGGACUACUUCGCGGAAGAAGACGAGGAGGGACGGUUCUUUGGUGGUGGUUUGACCAAUCAACAGAAGGAUAUCUUGAAUAUUUUUGACAGAGAUGGGGGCGAGGAAGCACGAGAAGACUUGGAAGAACUUUCACUUCCAGGUGUACGCAGGCUGCUUCUGCGGUUUGAGCGUGCAGCCAAUAGGAACCAAGACCAGAGGUCUAAAUACCCAGACGACCCGACAAAAUUCAUUGACUCAGAAGCAGACCUCGACGCUGCCAUUGAAGCUCUCCUCCCGCUCGCCCAGGUCCCGACCAUCGCCUACCCUGAGCUCGUCAAAACUGGUGCUCUCGCGCGACUAGUCGGGUUGCUCAGUCAUGAAAACGCAGACAUCGCCAUCGACAUAGUGGGAGUCGUGCACGAGCUGACGGACGAGGAGGUAGGCAAUGAGAACGAGGAGGAGGAGGAAGGCGAGGGUUCUAGGGAAGAGGCCCUGAAGAUGCUCAUUGAGGGCCUGAUGGAGAACUCGAUAUUCGAGCUGCUGGUGGACAAUCUGGGUCGUCUGAACGAAGAAGAAGAGUCGGAUAAACAGGGCGUUUUCCACAUCCUGGGAAUAUUUGAAAAUAUCAUCGGGUUCAAUGCCGAUUUUGCGCCUCAGUUGGUCGCGAAGACCUCGAUUAUAAAAUGGCUACUUAAUCGGAUACAGUCAAAGACCCAUGACGAGAACCGCGGCUAUGCGGCAGAGCUAUUGUCCAUCCUGCUACAGAACAAUCGGGCGAAUCGUUUGGAGCUCGGCAAGCAAGAUGGCGUUGAGGCCAUCUUAAAAGUGCUAUCUCAAUAUCGGCGAAAAGAUCCAGUGGACCCAGAUGAGACGGAGUUCAUGGAAAACGUCUUCGAUUCAUUAUGCUCCGCACUUGCUGAGCCCGAGAUUAAGGAGCUCUUCCUGAAAAGCGAGGGUGUGGACCUGAUGGUGCUCAUGAUGAAGGAGAAGAUGCAGUCACGAUCACGGUCUAUCAAGGUGCUUGACUAUGCGAUGUCAGGUCCAGCAGGGACGGAAGCUUGCGAAGUCUUUGUCGAAGCACUCGGAUUGAAGACGCUAUUCUCUGCGUUCAUGGGCAAGACGUCGAGGAAGCACAAGCAUGCGUCUGCACCAGCCUCGGAGGAUGCCUCGCAUACGCUUGGCAUUAUCUCCUCGCUCUUGUCUAAUCUACCUUCAGACUCGCCUGCUCGCAUCCGUCUCCUCGCAAAAUUUGUCGAGAAUCAAUACGAGAAACCGGAGAAGCUCCUUGAGAUCAGGGAUGCGGCACAGGGCCGAUUAAAGCAGGUUGAGAAGGAGAUCGAGGCAGAAAAGAAGGAGUUGAUCGACGGAGGCGAAGAGAUCGGUCCAGAAGAAGAGGACCUGUUCUACCUCCGGCGACUCGAUGGCGGCUUGUUCACGUUGCAAACGGUGGACUACAUUCUUGCAUGGAUUGUCAUGGAAGACGACGGCAUCCGAGCACACGUGCAGCAAAUGCUCAAGCGGAAAAACAAUUCCCUCAAGGACAUCAUCGGCACACUGCAGAUCUACCACGACAACAUCAACGAGGAGGACACGGGUGGCGAGGAGGACGGCGCGUUGUCCCGCAAGGAGAUCCUGCGGAAUCUAAUAGCAUUCCUCGAGGGAUGCUGA